AUGCCAACACCGCUCCGUGUCGACCCACGUUCCCAGUCUCCUGGGCUGCUUCAGCCUCAAUACCAUUACUGGGUAAAUGCGCCCCCCAAAAAUGGUUUCAACGGAAACCCCCCACGGUUCCUCCCCGCGGUCCCUCCCCCGGGUCCCUCCCCUCGGUUCAGCCCCACGGUUCCUCCCCCGGGUCCCUCCCCACGGUUCCGCCCCGCGGUCCCUCCCCCGGGUUCCUCCCCGCCCUUCCCCCGCGGCUCCUCCUCGGCCCGCCCCCAGGUGCCUCCCACGCGACCACUCCCCGCCCCCACCAUCCCCCGUGGCUCCUCGCCAUUCCUUCCCCGGGGUCCCUGCCCCGCGGCCCGGGCCGCAGCCCGGAACUCUCAACGGCCCGCCCUCGUCCGGUUCCGCCCCUCUCUGGCCCCGCCCCCGGCCGUUCGGUCGCUUCCCUACGCGCAGUUCGCCCCCAGACCCGGAAGUGGAUCGUGCGGAGCAAGCAUCACACCAUGGCGUUUGAAUGUUCCUCUGUGUAGCCUCAACCUGCGCCUCGCCGUCCCCCGUUCGCACACCCGAUGCCCCGGGGUCGCUACGGACUUAACGUCUCCGCACCACGCCCUCCACCUCAGCUCCAGCCCCUGGAAAAUGCGCUUCUCCUGGAUGCAGGCGUCUUACUCCAAACCCCCCUGUGAAUGUGUGGGAUCCGGAGAAAGAGAGACAAAGAGCAACUGAGAGGAGAUGGGAAAACCAAGAAAGAGAAAAGAAAAAUGAGGGAGACUCCUAAGCAGAUGGCAGAGUGGAGGAUGGGUGAGGGACUUGCAAAGAGAGUGAAGGAAGCAGUCAAGAAAGUAGCAGGGACAGAAAAGCACGAUGUCCACAGAUGAAGGACAGCAAGAUAAGGAGAGGGGCAGCAGAGGAGGAGGCUCCUUAGACAGAGUGGGGGAGAGGAGGAGGGAUUUGGAGUCUGCCCCGUCAGCCGCUAACAAGGAGAGCAGAGGGAGAACCACAGCACGAGGAGGCCUGGGAUCUGGGGUUGCCACAGAGGGGAUAAGCGGGUGUAACAGGGAAGAGGGAAUUUAACAGGGAGAGCAGAGGAGGCGCAGCGGUGGAGGAAGAAAGAGGCAGAAAUAGAUAGAGAUUGGGACGAUCAAAAGAUUGGAAAGAGCCCGGGCGCGGUGGCUCACACCUGUAAUAUCAGCACUUUGGGAGGCCGAGGCGGGUGGAUCAUGAGGUCAA